AGAAAAACUUCAACAUGACAACAUAGCCAAAGACAGAAAGUUAUGAGAGUUGGGUCCUAGAUCCCAAGAAGGGCUUUUCCAGUCGAGAGAGUGUGGCCAUCUUAGGUCUUGACAUCUGUGACCUGAUCAAGCCCUCCACCAAUUAAAAAGGCUCCCAAAAUGGCAAGGCACAAGAAAGAAGGAGGCGGCUCCAACGUGUUCUCCAUGUUUGACCAAAGCCAGAUCCAAGAAUUUAAAGAGGCAUUUACAAUCAUGGAUCAGAACAGAGAUGGCUUCAUUGACAAGGCGGACCUGAGAGACACCUUUGCUGCACUAGGUCGCAUGAAUGUCAAGAAUGAAGAGUUAGAAGAGAUGAUAAAGGAAGCCCCGGGCGCCAUCAACUUCACUGUCUUCCUUACUAUGUUUGGGGAGAAGUUGAAAGGCACAGAUCCAGAAGAGAUCAUUCUGAAUGCUUUCAGGGUGUUUGACCGAGAAGGAAAAGGUUAUGUUAAAGCAGACUACAUGAAAGAAAUGCUCAUGACGCAGGCAGACCGGUUCACUCCAGAAGAGGUCAAGCAGACAUUUACGGCUUUCCCUCCAGAUCCCUCAGGUAACCUGGACUACAAGAACCUUGUUUAUGUCAUUACACAUGGGGAAGAGAAGGACUAACAAUCAGACACCGAGGCGACCCUUCGAGAAAGUAUCAUUUAUCAUUGCCUCUUCAGAGCAGUUAGAAUGUGUUUACGCACUGCGAUUGUAAAACAAACUUGGAAUGAGAUUAAAACCAUUAUACUGAAUGCUCACUUCUAAAAAAUAAAAGCUGAAGAUAUCAUUUUUGUUCACCGCC